CUUGUUUGAAUUUUUUUAUUUUUUUCAUACAUUUUAUAUAAUUGCAUGUUUUCUUUGUAUAUUUUAACUAUUACUAACCUUGUCUUGCUUUGUUUUAUCCAAGUGCAUAUAUUUUAAUAAUCUUGUAUUUAUGUUACAUAUUUAUUUUUAAGAUUCUAUCAAAUUAUUUAAUAGAAAUUAUAAUUCUAUUUAUUAAUUGAUUUCUUUUACAUAUUCUAUUAAAUUUGUUCUUAUUGGAGAAAUUGUCAUUGUAACAUAUUUUAUCCCUUUUUAUCCAACAGUUGGGAGAGUACAUGGCAGUCAGGAGAAUUUUAUAAUAAUCAAAACUCCCGCUGCCUCCCUGUGUUGUAGGUCCUUUCUCUGUCUUUUUUAUUUUUUUUAUUCUUUUAUUAGGUUUUCUUAUUACUUUUUAUCUUUUGAAAGUUUUUUUUUUUGGGGGGGGGUAUUUUUAACCAUUUAUGAAUGGUUUUAAUAAAGAAAAUCCCCAGGUGUUUUUAACAUCCAUGGUCACCUUGAGCCAGAGCCCCCCGUAACACACUUCUUCAAUGGAAGAUGAAACCACAGUCGAGAAACACAUCAGUUUGUUUAUAGGCAACAACAUGAGGCCCAUAAGGACCCACCUUCACCCCGCCUUCACCCAGGCUUCACCCAGGCUUCACCCAGCCUUCACCCAGCCUUGAGUGACACAUGGGGGAGGCUCUGUUUCACUGCCUCUGGAACUGGAGGCAUUGAACAUAUUAAAGGUAGCUUACCCAGGUAUUUUAGAGCCAGAGCGUUUCCCAGAGUCAGAAACACAACCUGAAACGAAGGUCUCUGGUCUUUCAGCAGGACAAUGACCCAAAGCUCAUGUCCAGCAGCACUACAGAGAAGAUGUAAUGUUUUAAAUUGGUCCUGACUGAAAUCCCAUUGAAAACCUUUGUAAAGCAGAAAUCUGCCAUUAAAAAAUGCAACAGGUGCAAGGAGCUUCUAGAUGGCUACAGGAAACUUUCAGAGCCCUCACUGUUGCCAAAGGUUCUGCAAACAAAUAUGAGUGAAGGCUGCUGAUAAUUGUGUCUGGGUGAAUUUUGUGUUUUGUAUUAUUUCAAUAUCAUGCAAAUUUAGUUAUCUUUUUCCUUUUACUUCAGUAACUUCUGACAUUUUAUUAAAAAUAAUUUGGUUCUAAACUGUUCUUGCCUAACAGUUUAUCAGACCUGUGUAACACCAUCAUGCUAAAGAACACGUGAUCACACAGGAACAUAUGAAACAACAUUUUCUCCAUAUUCUAAUGAAUAAAUUCCUAUAAUUUGAUAAAUUGAUAAAUUAAUUUUCCAUAGGGGACAGAUGAAGUAUCUAUCUAUCUAUCUAUCUAUCUAUCUAUCUAUCUAUCUAUCUAUCUAUCUAUCUAUCUAUCUAUCUAUUGUGUAUCCUGUUUUCUCAAGAUAACACAGCUCGUUAUCCAAAGAAAAUGAUUUUUUGUUAUCCUGAGAUAUUAUAAUAGCUAGAUUUUUUAAAGGAGUUUUUGUCAUUCCAAGUUAAUGAGAUAUUGUAAUAUCUCGAUUUUCUUCACAUUUUUUUGUAUUGUAAUAGCAAGAUACAAUAUAAUAAUAAUACAACCAAUACAAACAAUAAAUCUAAAACAUUUUUCAUGAGUUUUCGUUAUUCCAAGAUAACGAGAUAUCAGGAGAAAACGAUUUUUGUCAUCCCGGAAUAAAGACGUAAUCUCUCGAUUUUUUCACAAUUUUAAGUUGUUCCAAGACAACCAGAUAUUAUAUAACAUUUCGGUAUCUCGGGAUAAUGAGCUUUGUUAUCUUGAGAUAAGGGGAUACGAGAAAGGCCAUACUAGCAAAUAUGAUACCCGAGAUACCGAAAUAUUAAAUAUUUAUAUACAUAUGCUGUUGAUGAACAGAAGCUGAAUAAAGUUACAUUUGAAAUAAUAAAAUACUGAAAUGAAAAGAUGAGUGUAAUCGUUAAUGUUCGUGUGUACUCGGGUAGUCACGGCACAGGCAGGAACAAGCGGAGAACACCCGGAUGUAAACAGUAACAUUUUUAUUGAGAAGAACCGUUUCUGAGGGCGGACGUAACGGAGAGUCACCGUCCCUGUGUCGCUGUUGAACAAACACCCAGACAGCGGGUUUUUGGCGGGGAGAGCCGUGGAGGUGAAGCGGGCUGAUGGAGAGCUGUGUGAAGCUACACUCUCAGCUGGCCUCCAUCAUGGACGUGCUGGCUAACGUCAGCUGGUGGACGACGGCUUCCAGGCCCUGAGGCUGGAGAUCUCCCGUAGCAAGAGGGAGAACCUGGGCCUGAAGAGCCGCCUGCGGUUGAUGGAGGUCCGGGCAGGGGGGGCGCUCCCACAGAGGGACCGUGCCGUCGCUGGUGGUCACCUGCACUAGGAGAGGCGAGGCUGCACCAGGAUCAUGGUUUUGAAGAAGAUGCUCCUGUUGUUACAAACAGAAGAGUUGAGUCCACCACCCCAGAGAAUCCUGACUCUCAGCAGCUGGUGGAAGUGACGGAGCAGCCAGUGAAGGCAGAGGUGACUGUGAUAAAGAGGGAAAGGCUGGAGGAGCAACUGGAAGACCCUCAGACAGCUGCUAGCAGCAGCAUUGGACCUCAGUCUCUGUCUCCUGCUGCUGAGAGCGUCCACCCUCUGAGUGCUGGAGCAGAAAUACCCACAGACAGUGUGUCACAUCGCUUUGAAAAACAGGACUUUGGCAGACUUGAAGCUCAGCAGCAGGAAGAGAAAGAGGGGGCGAGGGAGACCAGGACUCAGAGCCACAGAGGUCCAAACAGAGACUUGACCAAAGAAGACAAGCAUGUUGUGGAUCCCAGAGUCUCUGAGUCUGCUGAGUCCAGUGGACGUCCCGUCCCUGAUGUAGAGGGUCCACUGAUGAAAAGAGAGCUUCCUUUAACAAACACUGGAGUGAAGGGUUUGUGUGGUGCGGCGGCAGACUGGAGUGGAGAGGCAGUCAAACUGAAGAUUGAAGCUUCCUGGUCUGAAGCUUUUAGGAUAUAUGACACUGUCACUAGUAGUGAGUGUGUGAGUAACAGCAGAGUAAUUAAUAGUCACAACACAAAGAGUGAAGCGGCACAGCUGGACAUCAACAGCUUGGACUCAUCCUCCUUUGAUCACCUGUUCUUGUCUCCAGAGGUGGCCCGGUCUCUGACAGGUCCUCAUAGAAAGUCCACAGAUGGAGUCACAGGCAUGGAAGAGUCAUUGUCAUCCUCUUCUUUUUCUUUCCUGAGCAGUGGGAGCAGCUGUGGGAACUCUUCGACGUCAGACUGUCUAACUGGCUUCUCCUUCAAUAACGCCUCCUCCAACUCCAGGAACAGAAGCUUUCAGAGCAGCACAGAGCGAGUGUUCACCUGCCAGAAGUGCGGCCACCUCUUCUGCACCUCCAGAGACCUGGUGGUUCACCAGCACUCCCACACCGGGGAGAGGAUCUACAACUGCCAUUUCUGUAAGAAGCCCUUCAUCCACCUGCACCAGCUGAAAACCCACUAGUGGGUGCACACAGGGGAGAAACCAUUCAGCUGUGCUCAGUGCGGGAAGCACUUCUCCCAGUCCAGCCACAUCAAGAGACACAUGAGCAUCCACACAGCUGCAGCCUGUGUGGGAAACGCUUCUCACAGGCCUGCAGCCUCAAGGUGCACCAGGCCGUCCACACCGGAGAGAGACCCUACAGCUGCACCAAGUGUGGCAAGAGCUUCUCUGUGCUGGGAAACCUGGUCCACCACCAGAGUUUCCACAUGAGCAAGUGAACACACACACAGCCAGACGAGACUGAAGCAGCCGGCCACACACUUGUUUUAAAUGUUAGAAAUGUGCAUAUGAAUUCAUUAGGGCACCUUAUAAUGUCAGAAUGUUUUUAACAUACUGAAUAAUGUCCUGUGCUGGUGUUAUUUAUACAUGUUUACAAUAAGACAUUACAAAACAGCCUCCAAAUGCGUGUUUGUCAUUUUUACUUCUGCCACUGUGAAAAGUGGCAAAACAUCCUGAAUCCACAUCCUCUGCAUCAUCAUAAAAGAAAUAAAAUACAUACAUUGACAUUUAUUACAAAAUGUCUCGAUAAAGAUAAAAGAAUAAAACGGUAAUAUAACUUUGAAAGAAAAAUAAAAUAUAUACAUGAAAAAUAAAUAUAUCAUAUCAUAUCAUAUCAAACAAGUGCACUUUAAUGUGGUGGAGUAGCUUAUGUGUCCUGGUGAUCCUGGGAGCUGUGUUGGAGACGAAAGCCCCGAGUAGGAUCUCAUAAUAAAUUGGUCCCAGGGGAGGGGCCAGACUAAGAGCAAUUCACAAAACACAAAUGGAUCAGUGAAGAUGGAAGUGCAGCACCUUGGGAAGCUGGGGCCCCCUCCUGGAGUCAGACCUGGGAGGGGAGCUUGCUGGAAAACUUCUGGGGGGCGGACCUUUACCCAAGGGGCCCAGUCAGGCUAAGCCCCAAAAAAACAACAUGGAGCAACCAUCUUGUGGACCACCACCUGUGAGGAUGGGCACUGGGGUCAGGUCCUUAUGCAGGCUGGGCGGCAGGCAAAGGUGGGGACCUGGGCGUGCUGACUCCCAGUGUGGCAGACUGAUCCUAGGGACGUGGACUGUCACCUCUCUGGCGGGGAAAUUUCACAGCAUGAGAGGAUAUGUGACUGUGUGAGUGAUGUGAGUCGCUGAGGGGAAGGCUCUGGCUGUUAUGUGUGAUUAUCCAAACAGCAGCUCAGAGUAUCAGUUUUUCUUGGAGUCUCUGGGUGGUGUCCUGGAAAUGGUUCUGUCUGGACACUAUAGUUCUGCUAGGAGACAUCAAAAUAAUUGGGAGGAACAGCCUCUCCAGUCUGAAACUGUAAUUAGACGUCUGUGCUAGUCAUGGCUUGGGCAUAACACGAGCGUAAGAUGGUUCAUCAGUGUACAUAGCACCAGAAUACCAUCGGUCAAAGAAUGAUGAUCGACUUUGUGGUUGUAUCAUCAGAUCAUUGGUAUGUCUUAGAUACAUGGGUGAAGAGAGGUGCAGAGCUGAUCACUGAUCACCACCUGGUGGUGAGUUUGAUCAGAUGGCAGGGAGAUUACAGAGGCAGCAGAUAGGAGCUGUGGUCAUAAAGUCAUCAGAGCCUGUUGAGGCGGCAACCUAAGAACCUGCAGGUUGACACCAGUGGUAAGAGAAGUGGUCAGGCCAAAGAAGAAGCCCUUUCGGGCUUGGCUGGCCCAGGGAUCUCGUGAAGCAGCAGUGUCCUCCUGAACUCCUGAACCUGAAUAACAUGCCCUGUGUGGAGGAGGCAGAGUCUGAAGACUCGUCGGAAGCCUCACUCAUAUCCCUGGCAGAGAUCACUGAGAUAGUGAAGAAGCUUGUCUGCAGCAAAGUGCUGGGUGUGGGUGAGAUUCACCCUGAGAUGCUGAUGGCUCUGGACAUUGUUGGGCCUGACACGCCUCGUCACUUUCAUUUCUGAUAUGGGUUCUUCUGUAAGUCGCUGGGCUCAACUUUAGAGAGAGGGUGAGCUGCUUGGACAUACGGAGGGAACUCGGAAUAGAGCUGCUGCUCCUUCACAUUGCAAGUUGAGGUGGUUCAGCCAUCUGAUUAGGAUGUUUCCUGGGUGCCUUCCUUUGGGACUUUUUGUGCACAUCCAACUGGAAGGAGGCUCUUGGGUUGAUCCAGAGCUCACUGGAGGGAUUACAUUUCCCAGUUGGCAUGGGAACACCGUGGGAUCCCGAGGAGGAGCUGGAAAGCGUUGCUGAGGAGAGGGAUGUCUGGAAGCUGCCACUGCAACCCAAUCCUGGAUAAGCAGAAGAAAACGGAUGUAAAUCAACACAACUUAUUGAUAAAGAAUUUUUCAAUAAAAUGACUCAGAAUGUGUUUAUUUGAACCUGUUCAUAUAGGUUAAAAUUUUUGAAACUCUUAACACUUCUUUAUUUACAGUGUGUGGUUCUCCAAAUGCAAUCUGUGGUUCUUCAUAUUCAACUAGCUUCACAUACACCCUGCGGUUCUUUAUUCACAGUCUAUGGUUCAUCAUAUACAAUGUGUGUCUCCUCAUAUACACUAUGUGGUUCUUUGUUUACAAUCUUUGGUUCUUCAUAUACAAUAUAUGGUCCUUGAUAUACAAUCUGUGCUUCUUUAUUUACAAUUUCUCUAUUUACAAUUGUUGGUUCUUUAUAUACAAACUGUGGUUCUUCACAUACAUGCAUGUGGUUCUUCACAUACAUGCAUGUGGUUCUUUAUUUACAGUGAGUGGUUCUUUAUUUACAAUCUAUGGUUCUUCAUACAACAAUGUGUUUUUUUGUAUUUAUUUCAUAUACAAUAUGGGGUUCUUUAUAGUCUGUGGUUCUUAAAAGAAAUUGGUUCCUUUCACAUCAAAGAGGGUCACAGUUUCUCCUCGUGCCCAGAAACACUUCAUGAGCUGUGGUUAGACAUGAAGCUUUUAAGACUUAAAUCGUGUGAAUGGCGAAGGGAAAUCAAACACAACCAGAACUGAUAAGCUCAGGAACAUGGCGUGUGGUCUGAUGGUCCACAGACAAAACCAGGAUGUGUUCCUUGUUCGAACAGCAGUGUUGGGGCUGGUUCCAGACCACAGCGGCUGAUGGACAGAUGUGGAAACCUCUGCUAACCGGGUGAAUAAUGACAUUUCAGGAGAAAGGAAAGAUUUUGACUCAGCUGACUGAAGUGAUGCUGAACAACAAACUGACGUCAUCAGGAGGCGACUGUGGCACUUCAUAGAAUCACAACAUUGUUAAGCAGCAGAGGGGUGGAAGACAGACGGACGGACGGACAGAGUGAGCCUGACUCUGAGCUUGUUGCAUGUCUCCAGUCACAUCCAGCUGCGUGGAUCUGCUGACACCCGAGUACCGCCGCGCACAUCUGUCCGCGCAGGAGCACACAGCCCAGGCGGCGAUGGCGGACUGUGUCGGCUUCCAGGCGCAGAUCGCCUCGAUCAUAGAGAUCCUGGCCAAUUCCGCGGUGGUGGAGAUCUGCAAACUGGUAGACGAUGGCUACGCGGCGCUGCGCUCCCAGAUGGAGCAGGAGCGGCAGAAGAGCGAGAAGGAGAACGAUGUUCUGCGGCAGAAGCUGCGAGACAUGGAUGUGAAGAUGAGGAGCUACGAGAGGAAGAUGAGGAGGCGCAGUCAGCGGGAGGAGAUCACCGCCGCUCACUUCAGGCCACCCGAAGGACCUGAUGACCAUCGGCCUCUGGUGCCUCUUCCUGCCAGGUCUGAAGACAAAUCUCUCCAUCAGAUUUCAAAGCAGGGCGAGACCAAGGUGUUGCCUCUGGUGAAGCAGGAGAAAGUGGAGAGAGACGACUGCAACUUGGACCUGAAGGUGGAAGUGAACAUCAUGGCUGAGUGCGGCCUGUCCACAGCCCUAGAGCCCAGUGAAGAGCCCCCCCCCAGUGAUAUUCUUGACACUGGUAUUUCCUCCAUACACCCCACCCCCUCCCCUACCAACGCCUCCAUGGACCUGACCUGCAAGCCUCGAGCCAAACGUAAAUCCACCAAGCCUCCGGGCGGUUUGACCGUUGGCAGCAGGGGAUUCCUGGCCCCUGAAGCCGCUUGCAGGGACCUCAGAGCAAGCCAUACAGACGGCACUCUGAAGCCAGAGGUCCAGACGGAUGACACCGUAGAAGAAGAACUCCCUCCCUCCCAGCUGCCUGUGGCGUCAGAUGAGCCCAGCCCAGAGCGCCUCAGCGGCCUGGGCCUGGACCUGGCCUGGAUGCAGGAGCGGGUCAGCCAUCUUGGAGCAGCAUAUGCAGUCGCUCAGCUGGGUUUGGGGAACACAGACACUGGACACUCGUCUGCCUCCUUCCCUCCCCAGGGAGGAGGAGACAGUCUUGAUCCUCCCACCGUGCUCUUCACUGGUGGAGCUCAUGAAAUGGCUGCUUUUGCCGCCUCCUUUGACAUGGCUGCCGCCGCUGCCGCUGCUGCUGCUGUCGUGGCUGCACCACCUCCACCACCUCCUCCUCCCCCUCCCCCAUCAGCUCCCUCUGCCACCACGACCAGCCAGCGGCGGCCUUACAGGAGCGCCACCGCCGCUAAAGACCCUGCUGUGUGCGCCGUGUGCGGCCGUGUCUUCCCAAGCACAGCAGCUCUGGAGCUGCACCAGCGGGUGCACACCGGGGAGAGGCCCUACACCUGCCCCCACUGUGGAAAAGGUUUCGCCCAGCCCAACAACCUGCGGGUCCACCUCCUCAUCCACACUGGAGAGAGGCGGUACCGAUGCACGCUGUGCGGGAAGAGCUUCAUCUCAUCCAGCCACCUUAAGAGACACCGCACAGUCCACACACAGGAGAAGCCCUACAGCUGCUCGCGCUGCGGACAGUCCUUCAGCCAGAUGUGCAGUGUCCGCAGACACCGGCAGCAGUCCCAGUGCGGCCUGUAG